CGCAUGACAAGCCGUAGUAAAGCUCGAGACGACAGUAAAUACCAAAGAGAAGCAGACGGUCCAUCAACAAAUACAUGUCUCUGUCAGACACAGCAGAGGGGAUAUUCGCCUUUUGAAAACUCACAGUUUCAUACAUGUCCAAACACGAUGCCUCGCCAACAUUAAAUGGUGAAGCAUUGAGAUCCAGACCGUUUCUCUCAUCCUCCCAGAAGUUUCUUCAUCACCACCUUGGCCCUUAACAUAUGAUUUUACAUGAAGAGGGGUGAGAAAUCCGAGGGAUACAGACAGAUGCGACCCAAGACGUUCCCUACGAGUGAUAAUAGUCAACAGAUGCUGCAGGAGAUUCGAGAGAGCUUGAGGAACCUCUCCCGGUCGUCAGAUGCUCCCAAAACCGAGGUGAGUGCCGGGAAGGGGCCGCAGGACGAUGCCAGACAACAGGGGCGCAGCAACAACCCCAGGAACCCCCACCAUCACCGAGCUCUGCAGGAGAUCCGCAGGUCACUCCUGCCAUUCGCUAAUGAAUCGCCCUCCAGCGGAAACUACGCAGAUAUCAACAGACACAUGCUGCAAGAGCUGCUGGACGCCGGCUUCGAUGAGGAGAUGGUGGUUCGCGCUCUGAAGCAGACGAACAGUCAUAGCGUGGAGGCAGCCAUCGAGUACAUCAGCAGGAUGAACUUCCAGGAGCCUGCGAGGGAGCAGAUAACAGCCACCGCAGCUCGGCCCGUCAACACAGCCAUAAAACAAGCAGGUCCGUCCCAAAUUCUACCGAAAGUGUUGCGGCGCCAAAGCUGGAAGGGUUCAAAGGAGUCUCUGGCCCCACAGCGGCAUGGUGCUCUAAUGACUGAUGGUAUGAUUUACCGUCCCAGUAGCCCUGGACCUCAAAGUGACCUCUCACGGCCUGCUACCUUUCCUCAAAAUCUUGCCGCUGCAGCCAGCGGUCAACGAGUGAAUCCUCCCCUCCCACGGCAGGUGCGUAGCAUCACUCCUCCUCCCUCCUCAUGGGACUCCAAUCCCUCAACCAAGCGGUAUUCUGCAAACUUGGAUUACAUGGUGCCUCGGCUCUCUCCUGUGCCUCAGGGGCCCCGACCCGAUGGCUAUAUAAACCCUCCGUCCCAGGCGCAGCGAGGGAUCAGCCCAGUGCCUGUGGGUCGGCAACCCAUCAUCAAUGGGGGCAACAAGUUCACCUUCCCUCCAUCCUGGCCCCAGAAUGGCAACAUACAAAGCGCACCACCACCUCCGUAUCCCACGCACCAGACUAACAGACAGAGUCCCACGGCCCAGCAGAUGCAAUCCAGUGCUCUUGCUUCACCCUCGAACGGAGCCAACCUUCCCCCAAGCAUGCUGGUGCCCAACCGUAAUAGCCUCAACCUUGAUAUGUACAACCUUGGUGUACUUCCCCAGGUCAGACCUUCUGUACAGCAGCCUCAGGCUUCACCUGGUCACAGCACCAAUCAGGACGUUCCUUUAUCACGGCCCCACAGCGUUCCUGGGCGCGCCGACUCCUUCACCAAUGCCCAGCCCAAUGGACGUCAGUGCCCGUCUGUACCCAGCUCUCAACCCUCCGGCACAACCGUCACCACCAUUACUCAGGCCCCCAUUUUGCAGCCGGUGAAGAGUAUGCGAGUGCAGAAGCCGGAGCUGCACACGGCCGUGGCCCCUACACACCCACCAUGGAUGCAACAUCCUCCGCCCUCUGCUUAUCAAGAUCCGUCUGCUUCCACAGCUGCCCCCGAAGUCCCGAGCUACCAAGGCCCUCCUCCACCUUACCCUAAACACCUGCUACCGAAGCAGCCUCCACCGGGGUACGACCCCAACCCCAACCCCGGCCCAAAACCCAGCAACAAAGAGGAGGACGGGGUGGACAACGACAAUGACACUGACAGCACCUGCUCCAGCGAGCGCGCUGAGGUCUCUGAGGAGCGCGAGAAGAAACAGAUCACCACAUCUCCUGUGCCGGUGCGGCGUUGUAAACGUGACGAGGAGCGCAAGGGCGAAAGCAGAGUUCCUAUGUACUCCCCGCAGGCUUUCAAGUUCUUCAUGGAGCAGCAUGUGGAGAACAUCCUGAAGAACCACCAGCAGAGGAUCCGAAGGAAGAAGCAGCUGGAGAGCGAGAUGCAAAGGGUGGGACUUUCAAAUGACGCUCAGGAGCAGAUGCGCAUGAUGCUGAGCCAGAAAGAAUCCAACUACAUCCGCCUUAAGCGUGCCAAAAUGGACAAAUCCAUGUUCGAGAAGAUCAAGACUUUGGGAAUCGGGGCAUUUGGAGAAGUGUGUUUGGCUCGGAAAGUGGACACGGGAGCGCUGUAUGCCAUGAAGACCCUCCGUAAGAAAGAUGUCCUCUUGAGGAACCAGGUGGCUCAUGUGAAAGCUGAGAGGGAUAUUCUCGCUGAAGCUGAUAAUGAGUGGGUCGUCCGGUUGUACUACUCAUUUCAGGAUAAAGAUAACUUGUAUUUUGUGAUGGACUACAUCCCUGGUGGGGACAUGAUGAGUCUUUUGAUCAGAAUGGGCAUUUUCCAAGAGGACUUGGCUCAGUUUUACAUCGCAGAGCUCACCUGUGCUGUGGAAAGUGUCCACAAAAUGGGUUUCAUCCAUCGAGACAUCAAACCUGACAACAUCUUAAUUGAUCGUGAUGGACACAUUAAACUGACAGACUUUGGCCUGUGCACUGGUUUCCGAUGGACUCAUGAUUCCAAAUACUACCAAAGCGGCGAUCAUGUGCGUCAGGACAGUAUGGACUUCAGUAAGGAGUGGGAAGACAGUGCUAACUGUCGCUGUGGAGAACGUCUGAAACCACUGGAGCGCAGAGCCGCUAGACAACAUCAUCGCUGCUUGGCACACUCAUUGGUGGGCACUCCCAAUUACAUCGCCCCUGAGGUUCUGCUGCGCACAGGUUACACCCAGCUCUGUGAUUGGUGGAGUGUGGGUGUUAUCCUCUAUGAGAUGGUAGUCGGUCAGCCUCCUUUUCUGGCAACAGCUCCUCUUGAGACCCAGAUGAAGGUGAUCAACUGGCAGACGGCCCUACACAUCCCCCCGCAGGCCAAGCUGAGUCCGGAGGCCACCGACCUGAUCCUGAAGCUCUGCCGUGGCCCUGAAGACCGGCUUGGGAAAAACGGAGCCGAUGAGAUUAAAGCCCAUCCCUUCUUCAAACACAUCGACUUCUCCACAGACCUGCGGCAGCAACACCAUGCGCCUUACAUCCCCAAAAUCACACACUGCACUGACACCUCCAACUUUGACCCCGUCGACCCCGACAAGCUCUGGAGCGAUGAUGCUGACAGCAACCGCAACGACACACUCAACCGCUGGUUCAAGAACGGCAAGCACCCCGAGCACGCCUUCUACGAGUUCACCUUCCGCCGCUUCUUCGACGAUAACGGCCACCCGUACAGCUGUCCCAAGCCCAUCGAGUGUGAGGAUUCAGACGGGGAGGACGACCAGCCGGUCAACCCAACGAAGGGGUUCGGACCAGAACAGGGGCGGGAUUUAGUCUAUGUUUAGUGUGAAUGUGUGUGGGGGGGAACUAACACAGAAAUCAAAAGAAACCAACCAGAAAUGAUAUUUUGCGUGAGCCUGUAAUGUAGGAGCAUUGUGAUUGUCAUCAUAAGUUCAUUUCAAACCUCCAUUUCUCAUAACUGUAAUGCAAACAAAUAGAUUUUAAUAAUAAUAGAUCAUUAUUAUUCAUCAUGGUAGUAUUUUUUUUCAUCUUUAUGCUGAUGCAUCAUAGUCAUAUUUUAAUGUAAUUAAAAUGAUUACAGUAAGUCCAAUGGCCAUUUAAAACAAUUAAAAUGACUACUUCAGAAGUAAAACAUUUGAACACAACGUAAACUUCUUUCAUUCUCAUGAACAUGGCAACAAUUUUAAAUGCUCUUAAAUGGGCUUGAUUUUUAUGUAAAAUAUGAUUUCUUCUUUGUUUUGAUUUAUGGAUAACAUCGGUACAUAUUUUCAGGAGACGGACCUGUGUAGGAUGCGAGUGUGUGUUUGUUCUCUCUCUUUCUUUGGUGGUGACUGGUGGAGUCUGCCUGGACACUUUGUGCUGUAUUUAUUGUUUCGUUCAGGAUGCACUUGUCUGGUGCCUUUUAAACAACCGAGAAUCUAAUGAUGCAGUGGAGCUCUGUAUUUUUUUACUCCUCUUUAAUUUAUUUAAAGACUUUUUUAAUGGUAGCUAAAACAAGUUGAAUAUUUUCUUGCUGAAUUUAUUUCUUUAUUUAUGAUUGUGUGGAUUUGUUUCUCGUUCUGAGCGGCACAGGGCACUAGACUGCACAGGGAUUUCGAGUUUUCCCUUUCUUUCACCAAAACUAUGAGGGAGAUUAUGGUGUACGCUGGUCAAUUUAGCUGAAUUCCCAAGAAAAAAAAAAAAACUUGUAAAUGUUUGUGCUGUGUAUUUUUAUUUCUACACAGAUAUUGUAUAUAUAAGUUAUGCAGUGGAAAUUAGCCUAGUACUAUACUCCCUUUUUUUUAGCCCCAAAGGUUUAGGAAAGAAACCAUGGGCUGGAUCCUGUUCUGUUCAACAGGAUAUGAUGUCAAAACACUACAGUACAUAUCACUACAGAUGAGCACUACACUUUUGGUUUCUCUCCUUGUUCUGAAGAGAUUUUGCUGUCACUACCAAAGCCUUCUGUUUUUCCUCAAGAACAGUCUUCUGGAGUCAUUGUUUUAGUAUUUUAUUUUUCUGAUUUCUCUAAUAUCCUGUGCAUCUCCUAAUGUAAUAAGGAAAGCCUUUUCCUGAUUAAGCUGGUGGUCUUAUUCCCAGGAAAAGCAUCUGUAGCUUCUUUUUGAGUGUAAAUUUGCCUUGAAUGGGAGAAAGGAUGGGGUGGUAAUAAAUAAAAGGUCUUAAGCA